AUGGACAUGCCCGUCGCGGACCAGCAGGAUGGGUUCAGUGACUAUGGCUCAGAAUUCACUCCCGACGAGGAGGAGAUCUUAAACGGGCUUCUCCACCAGACCCCAGAGCAAGACGACGGUCCAAAUAGAGACCCGGAUUUUCUACUUAAAGACCUCAAGGAUGAAGAAGGUCCUCGGGGUGCAAGGAUACUUCGUCGCCAGGGCCAGCAAUCCCAAGAUUAUCCCCCACUACCAUUGUCCAAGACGAGGUUCACGAUACAGCUCGACGGCGACAACAACCGCUCAGCGGAUAUCGAAAGCCGUGAGAGUCGACUCAAAAGAGAAAGCUCCGUUUCCAUCGAAGCUCCUCUCUCCCCUAAACCUGAAGUGCCGGAUCUGAGGUCCCCCCUCGAACGCUUCCGAACGAAGCCAAAAAAGGCUCUGAGCGUCACAGACCUCAUUUCGCCAUCGUGGUGCGAGCUGCAAUACUGGUUCACUCUCACGAAGCAUGGGAAGAAGAGAAGGACUCCAGCUAUGAAACAAGGGUCUGCAGUACACAAGGUAUUGGAGGAUCAGGUACAUGAGACUGUGGCGGUGGAUAUCACGUCCAAAGAAGAAGUCUGGGGACUGCGGAUAUGGAAUGUGAUCCAAGGGCUGAAGACUCUACGGAAAACAGGCAUGACGCGGGAGCUCGAGAUCUGGGGCGUAUUAGACGGUCUGGUUGUUAACGGCGUGAUUGACGAGCUCUCUUAUAUCUGCCCAGAGCCCGAACUUGAAGAAGCUGAAGAAAACCGCGAGGUUGCAAAGAAAAUGCCCGCAGCUGACCAAAGGACUAUCACCGACUUCCUCGGCCCGUCGACCCUGGAAGGCAAUGGCACUGGUGUGCUCAACAAACUCCACUCCGCCCUGCCCGAAAAGACGCCAAAGAUUUACAUUACAGAUGUCAAAACCCGUGGCACAAAAAGCAUACCAAAAGCUCCCUCAUUCCGCCCGACCUUGAUGCAACUUAUGCUCUACCACCGAAUUCUCUCCGACCUUGCUACGAACAAGGUGAACGCCGACGUAAUCUUCGACCGCUACGAGCUGAAAGCAGAUGACUUAUUCAGUGACGGCUUCAUAGCCCAAAUUGGCAGCCUCAAUGAAGAUGAUUUCCUAGCGAUGGAUAGUCCGUUGCACAUGCCAGAAGGUUCAUCGCUGCCAUCAUCGCAAGACAGCAUGACCAUCCUCCUCGCCCACAACUCCCUGCGGAAACUUUGGACGCUCAUGAUGCAAGAGUUCGCACGCACCUUCUCCGCAGGUGCGAAGAGUAUUGGUAACGUGCUGAAGGCCGAAUACCGUACCCCAACCGACGGAGCGAUUCUGGGCAAUAAAACAUUCCUCUACGACGACACGGUUAUGCAGAAAUACCUGGACAGUGAAAUGAGAUGGUGGAAAGGCGAGCGGGCCGCGGAGGGUGUUUGUGUCGAGGAAGCUUACAAGUGUCGCACUUGCGAUUUCUUCGACGAGUGCUCGUGGAGACGGAACAAGAUUGAAGAGGCGACGUUGAAGAUGCGGGAGAGGAAGAGCAGUGUGGUGUGA